AUGGCAUUCAAGCUUGUUGUAUUGUGCGCCGCUUUGGCCGUCGCCAGCGCUGGUAACUUGGGAUACUCCUAUGGAGCCGCCCCAUUGGCCUACUCUGCAGGAUACACCCAUGGAGUAGCCGCCCCAUUGGCUUACUCUGCUGGAUACGCUCACCAAGCCGCCCCAGUCGCCUAUUCCGCUGGAUACGCUCACCAAGCCGCCCCAUUGGCUUACUCUCAUGGAGUUGCCGCUCCAAUCGCCUAUUCCGCUGGAUACUCUCACCAAGUCGCCCCAGUCGCCUACUCUUCCGCCCCAGCUGUAUCUUACUCCAGCAUCUCUGCUCCAGUCGCCACCUACGCCAAGACCAUCGCCACCCCAGUAGCUUACUCUGCUGCUCCAGUCGCCUACUCCGCCCCAAUCGUAGCUAAGACCAUCUCCGCUCCAGUUGCCACUUCCUACUCUCACUCCACCGUCACCAAGUCCGUAGCUCCAGUAGCCACCUACGCUGCCGCCCCAGUCGCCGCCUACGCCAAGACCAUCGCCGCCCCAUUGCCUACUCUACCUACUCCGCCCAAUUGCUCAAACCUACACCAGCCCGAUCGUCGCCAAGACCAUCGCCUCUCCCCUCGCUUACUCUGCCUACUCCGCCCCAGUAGUUGCCAAGACCGCUCAUGUCUCCUACUCCUCCCCAUCCAUCGGCUACGCCACCAACUACGGGUGGUAAUCAAAUACCAAAAAACAUAA